AUUGAUCAUGUUCUUUUCCUUGUAUGCAUUAGUGUGAUUGGAGAUACGUGUGUUGCGAUGGAAGAUUGGCUGCAGAAUCCCACAGCCCACACAGCAUUAGAUGAGAUUCUUCCUUGUGUCGAAAAGGCCACUGCCAAAGAAAUUCAGACUGUAACCAUGAAUGUGAACUACCAGCUCGUCAGAUUGGUCAAUGGAGUGAUCAACACACUCGCAAAUGCCAACCCUCCUCCAGAUGUCAAGCCCCCUAUGAACUAUAACCAAUCUGGCCCGUCGGUGCCACCCCUUUGCGUUCCGUUCAAUUCCGAUCUCACCGACCGAAACUGCUCGGCUAAUGAAGUAGAACCGAGCAAAGCUCCCAAGGUUUGGGGGGAUUUCACUUGUCAAGUUUCAGGCAAUGACAUUUGCGCCACAACUGGCCGGUUGACCCCAACAUUGUACAACCAAAUGACAUCUGCAGCAAGCGUGAGUUAUGGUUUGUAUCGGUUUGGACCGUUCUUUGUGGACCUCGUAGAUUGUACAUUUGUUCGUCAAGUGUUUAUGGACAUCAGUAAAAAUCAUUGCCCUGGCCUCCGACUGUUCAUGGAAUUGACAUACGUUGGGUUGCUUAUGAUGUCUGGUUCUGUCAUGCUCUCCCUGAUCUUCUGGAUUAUAUAUGCAAGAGAGCGACGACAUCGAGUCUAUACUAAGCAAUUUAUUGCACGAACUCGCAGCUAGAUAUCGACUGAUGCAUCGGUCAGUUUCGUUCAAUCCCAUAUGUAUUCUAUUAAACACUCUCGAGUGUUUUCAUUUCCAUGUACAUUAUUUAAUGAUAUCA